ACAGCGGCUGCCAAUUAUUGUGGUCUGAAAGAAGCUCGUCACAAGAAUACACAAUUACACUGUAUUUAUUGUGUGCGUGUGCAUUCUAUUAAAAACAAACUGAAUUAGUGUAAUAGAUCGACUUAUAUAUUUGCAUUUUGGAUUUGAAAUUACUGUUUUCUUCUUGGUCUGGUUUGGCAAGGUUUUUUUUUUUUUUUGCUGUUGUUUUGUUUUGCUUUAUUUAAACAGCAUUGCCAUUUUUCUAAGGUGUUAGAUAUUGAAGAAAGGCUGUGAAACUAUAGACGGAAAGCAAAAAAAAAAAAAGAACACCCCACAUGGCAGCUGUUCCUGUCUCAUCAGUUCACUGUACCAGUUUUACUAACUGCGCAACGCCGUGUAGUUAAAUAUCUCAGAGAGAAUCCACUAGAAUUCACAAUGCACAAAGCAUCUGCAAGAAGGUGCUUUACUUGUGUGAUGUCAUAACGAUUGUGAAGGUGUGCAAUACGGAGACGGCAAGGUAUGCAGUGUGACAUGUGUUCUACAUUCUGAUACGUUUGUUUUCAACGUAUCUGUUGAGCUAGGAAGAAAAUUUGGAAGGAGACCCGGUGAAUGCCCAUGGCAGCUGCUACCUCAGACCAUCCAUCCAGUGUGAGCUAGAACUCAGAGCCGUUCUUUAGUGUAGAUCUCAUUUCCGAGCCUAUCACAGCAGAGUGCAGAAGAGAUAUACGCACACCUGGAAUUGGAAGUACCCACGCACACAUAACAACCUACAUGAAUGAAGCGAGGCAGACUAAGCAUCAAUCCUGAGUCACGGUCUUUCUGUCUCGGAGAAAGGGAGCACGAAGUACAGAUCUGGUUCUGCUUCUUUCUUUAAGAGCAUGGCCUACAGGCAGAACUCCACUGAAGACUGGGGGAACCUGCCUCAUCACGUGGUGCUGCAGGUUUUCCAGCACCUGUCCCUGGUGGACCGCGCCCGGGCCUCCUCUGUGUGCAGGAGGUGGAAUGAAGUCUUCCACAUCCCUGACCUCUGGAGGAGAUUUGAAUUUGAACUCAACCAGCCAGCCACUUCGUACCUGAAAUCCACUCACCCUGAGCUGAUCCAGCAGAUUAUAAAGAAACACGCUCAACACCUGCAGUACGUCAGCUUCAAGGUGGAUAGUUGCACAGAGUCUGCUGAGGCUGCCUGUGACAUUCUUUCACAGUUGGUAAACUGUACAAUCAAGACAUUGGGGCUGAUCUCAACAGCAAGGCCUAGCUUCAUGAAUGUUGCAAAAUCCCAUUUUGUCUCUGCUCUCACUGUGGUGUUUGUGAACUCGAAAUCACUCUCGUCCAUAAAGAUUGAUGACACUCCUGUAGAUGACCCGUCUCUAAAAGUGCUUGUCGCUAACAACAGCGAUACUCUUAAACUUCUCAAGAUGAGCAGCUGCCCUCAUGUUUCCCCUGCCGGGAUUCUAUGCGUGGCUGAUCAGUGUCAUGGUCUUCGGGAGCUUGCUUUGAAUUAUUACUUGCUGAGUGAUGAGCUGCUCUUGGCCCUGUCCACUGAGAAGCAUGUGCUCCUGGAACACCUGCGCAUUGAUGUUGUGAGUGAGAACCCUGGGCAGACCCAGUUCCACUCCAUCAAGAAGAGCAGCUGGGACGCUCUGGUGCAACACUCCCCCAAGGUCAGCAUCGUCAUGUACUUCUUCCUGUGCGAGGAGGAGUUCGACCCCUUCUUCCGCGAGGAAACCCCCGUGACGCACCUCUAUUUUGGGCGGGCUGUCAGCAAAGAGAUGCUUGGUCGCAUAGGACUGAACUGCCCCAGGUUGGUUGAGCUGGUAGUUUGCGCCAACGGCCUCCAGCCCUUGGACGAUGAGCUCAUCCGUAUUGCUGACCGCUGCAAGAAUCUAACAGCUAUCGGCCUCGGGGAGUGCGAGGUGACUUGCAGUGGCUUCGUUGAGUUUGUGAAGAGGUGUGGUGGACGGCUCAGCCAGCUGUCCAUAAUGGAGGAGGUGCUAAUUCCAGAUAGCAAGUACAGCGUGGAGCAGAUUCACUAUGAGGUCUCGAAACACUUGGGAAGGAUGUGGUUUCCAGACAUGAUGCCCACAUGGUAGACUGUUCAGACUGUACAUAACCACCCAACAGAGACGGUCUCCAAUUGGACAUUGCAUUAUUUGGAAGACACAUAAACACAUAAAAGACCUUUGAUUCUUUCCACUUUUUCUGACAAAAUUAUUUUGGAUUCAUCAACCAAGACUUAUUUUACUAGAAGCAAGACUUAGAAUAAAGGAGGGAAACCCAACUGUUAUUGAAAUUGGGAGUUUACUUUUUAAAAGAUUUGUAUUUAUGUUUUAGUGUAGUUUCCUUGUUAAACUUAUAUGUCAGAUAGAGAUUUACUCAUAACCCAUCACUUUUUUAGAUGGGAUAGUAUAUAUAUAUAUAUAUAUAUAUAUAUAUAUAUAUAUAUAUAUAUAUAUGUUUUGUUCCAACUCCUUAGAAAUAUAAAGAAUGUCGGGCUCUUUACGUGUUUCAUUUAGGAUUGUUUGUCUCAUUAAAAGGGCAAAUGGUAGAUAAAAUAUCAACUUGAUUAUAGCAAAGCUAAGGCCUGUUUUCUUGACGGUUUGACUUUUGUAUGGUUGAAAUGCUAAGUAUUGAAUUCAUAUGGUAUUUAAUAGGCAUCUUUGCUACUUCUACUUAUAUGACUUGGAAGCCUGUUUGAUAAAAUGUUGUAAUUCAGUAAAAAUGUUGCAUUAUAUAAAUUAGUGCUUAUAUUGUAAAAAAAAUACAUGUUUUAAAAAGCUAUGCUUUAUUUCUUGCAGCUGGUGAAAUAUGCAUAUUUUGAUAAUCCACCUGCGAAAAUAUUUCUGGUGUAUGGUUCGCUUUAUAUUAUGUGUAAGUUAAAGUUGUGAGACAACACAAGAUUUCCAAGGAAGUAGUUAAAGCAUUAAGUUGCUGAAAGGACAGUCUGUCGCAGAAGAUCAAAAGCACAGUAACUCUGUGAUGGCUUGUCUCCUCAACUGAUCAGCUUCAUUUAGCAUUCUUUAGCAUUCUCAAGGACUGAACUGCUGUGCAAAAUUGGAAUAGUUUUAGUCAUCCCUAAAAACUUAAGAAGCAUGUCUAUUCAUGGAUAGAUGUAACGUUUUCUACGUUUUGCAUCGGAAAGAUAAACUUUGUUUUAAUUGAGCUUUAAGACUAGUGCUUGUGCUGGUUCUUGUCUGUGAGUUACAGCAGAUGUAAUCCACUCACAGUCUCUCUGGGCUGAGCUUAGUUUAAAUCUGUAUUUAAUAACACACAUGUUUUGUGGGCCAUAAAUAGGAAUGCAGUUGCUUCAGAAAACCUGUAAAAACAAGAUUCUGAUUCUGGUCCAUUUAGAAAGGUGUUUCACACAGAUUUAUUCAUGAAUGUGUUUAUUUUGGUAAGUGGGCGGUAUUCUUUUUAGCACACAGCUCCACAUAUUAGUGGUUAAAGAAAAGGGCUUGUAACCAGGAGGUCCCCGGUUCAAAUCCCACCUCAGCCACUGACUCAUUGUGUGACCCUGAGCAAGUCACUUGACCUCCUUGUGCUCCGUCUUUCGGGUGAGACGUAAUUGUAAGUGACUCUGCAGCUGAUGCGUAGUUCACACACCCUAGUCUCUGUAAGUCGCCUUGGAUAAAGGCGUCUGCUAAAUAAACAAAUAAUAAUAAUAAUAAUAACAACAUAUGAAAACAACACUAAGAUUUAUACAUCUGGUUCCUCCUUGAAGGAAGCCCCUUCUAAGACACUGUGCUGUGUCUGAAUAGAGAGCUGAGUCACUUUUUGCUGCAGUACCAGAGCAUUGUUGCAAUGACCGAAAAUUAACUUUUUCAAUUUAUUGUAUUUGCAACCCUGCCCUGCCCUGUUUUCCCCAAAUCUUUUAUGUCAGGAUCACCGAAUCCUCUUUCCACAUGCAAAAGUACAUUACAUUUCUUUAACUUGUUCAUAAAUGAUGUGCCAAAGAACAAAGAACAAACUAACCGUCUCUCCAUUGAUAUGUUAGACAUGUACGAAAUGUAUUUCCUUUUUUUGGGGCUGUUUUUCAAAAUCCUGUCAGCUAUGUAUUUUUUAUUCCACUAUGUGAUGGGGCAAGGACAUAUACAAGUAUCUUGGUCUCUAGUAGGAAUCUGAACUUUAAUGUGUUUAAAUCACCACUUUAUAAAGUUACUGUGCAGCUCAAGUACAGCUGCAGAUCACACUUACAUGUUCUUAAUUAUCAGGAUACAAAUACAAAAAAUCCAAAAGUCAAAUGCAGUUUUGAGAUUUACUCCAAAUGCAAUACAAUUUGAUGAUCAUUUUGACUUAUACAAACUUACUGGACUUAUUAUUUUAGAGACCAGGAGAAAUAUACCUAGGUUGCUUUUGGGUUAAAUUACUGAAAACUGUUUCUGAAAUGUCUGUUUGUUUGUUUUCUAAACGUCUUGUUAGACAUUGUUUAUCGGCUACUGCUUUUAUGAAUGUGGCAAUGUCUUUGUAAAAAAUAGAAUUAAAAAAUAAAGUUAAUAUUAAAGGUUUGAAACUGCAGGAUUUUAUUCCACAUGAAAGCAAAAUGCUGGGAAUAUAUUGUUCAAGUGAAGUUAUUGAUUGCCACAGAAAUUAUUAUUAUUUUUUUUUUCCUGUUUUAAAUUGUAACAUUGUGUGAUUGUAUAGUUUGGCUCAUUUUGAUACCCGGUGUCUUCUAUAAGCAUAGCAGUGCAUUGUAUUAAACAGAAGUAAAGACAA